UUUCGUGUGUGUGUAGAAGGGAGGGUGGUGGUUUCUUUUUUUUCUUUUUGCCAAGGAGGUAGGAGGCCACAUUAAUUAUUUUUCUUCUUCCUUCCUUCUUUUGCCUCUUGCGCUGGUGCGCUUCGGCCUGCAACCAGAACUUAGAGCGGGGGACAGCCGCGCAUUUACACUCGGCAAGCGGCGACAGGAGCGGCGAAAGUGAAGCCUGCUGCUCCUAUGCAAAGGAGUCCCACCAGGCUUAGCUGCCGCCUCUUUUAACUGGUUUAGCUGUGCAAAUCGAGCGUCUCUAUGGAUUGGGCGACAGAUCCACUCAGGUCCUGAAUUCGAAGUCCAGGAAUCCGGAAGGUGCUGCAACCACACUGGAGCAGGAGGAGCAGCCCGCUUAGUUUGGCCGAAGGGGGGUGGGGGAAUGGCGGUGGGACGCAGCUACCAAAACAGCUGGUGAGAAAAUGCCCAUUUGGUGUCGAUAAACAGGGGUUUCGCUCCUUCUCAUAUCCCCCUUUUCUUGUGGAGCCGGGACAAGCGCUUCUCGGAUUCUACCGGCGAGCAGCGAAGUGACCUGUCUGGAAACUGUCUGAACUGCUCUGUCUCCAUCCAGAAAGAUUCCCUAAGAAUUCUGCUUGGAUUUUGGAUUCACACCUCUCCCCAUCAUGCCCCUGGUUGGCUUUUUGCUUUGGGUCACCUUACUAAUUGUAGGCUGGUGGCCAUCCUACUCCAAGGAUUACCUCUUUGCUACUCCAAGGGUGCAGCUCACUUUCAAAGAGCUCAAAGCCACCAGCACUGCACAUUUUUUUAAUUUCCUCCUCAACUCAACUGACUAUCGCAUUCUUCUGAAAGAUGAAGAUCAUGACCGCAUGUAUGUGGGGAGCAAGGACUACAUUCUCUCAUUGGAUCUUCACGAUAUCAACCGAGAGCCCCUGAUUAUCCACUGGCCUGCAUCCCAACAAAGGAUAGAUGAAUGUGUCCUUUCUGGAAAGAACAGUAAUGGCGAGUGUGGGAACUUCAUCCGCCUUAUCCAGCCCUGGAAUCGAACCCAUUUGUAUGUUUGUGGCACUGGAGCAUAUAAUCCUGUCUGCACCUUUGUCAAUCGAGGCCGUAAAGCACAGGCUUUUGAGCUGAACCAGUCCAUCCAGCAGGGAGGACGGGGAAGUAGAGCAGUUGAUUCCUCCCUCCACCCAUCUCCAGUGGAACGCAAGGAUUACAUAUUCUACCUGGAACCAGAGAGGCUGGAAUCAGGAAAAGGAAAAUGCUCAUAUGACCCAAAGGUGGACACCGUAUCAGCAUUAAUAAAUGAAGAACUCUAUGCUGGUGUCUACAUUGACUUCAUGGGCACUGAUGCUGCCAUCUUCCGCACCAUGGGUAAGCAGACUGCCAUGAGGACUGACCAGUACAACUCCCGCUGGCUAAAUGACCCAGCAUUUGUCCAUGCACAGCUCAUCCCAGACAGUGCUGAGAGGAAUGAUGACAAGCUCUACUUCUUCUUCCGAGAAAAAUCCACUGAUUCCCCACAAAGUCCUGUUAUCUACUCCCGCAUUGGUCGCAUUUGCCUGAAUGAUGAUGGAGGCCACUGCUGCCUGGUGAAUAAAUGGAGCACAUUCCUGAAAGCACGGCUUAUCUGCUCUGUGCCAGGGCCUGAUGGAAUUGAAACACACUUUGAUGAACUCCAGGAUGUCUUCAUCCAGCAAACCCAGGAUGUGAAGAACCCCAUCAUUUAUGCUGUUUUUGCUGCCUCUGGGUCUGUGUUCAAAGGCUCUGCUGUGUGUGUCUACUCCAUGGCUGACAUCCGAAUGGUCUUCAAUGGACCUUUUGCCCACAAGGAAAGCCCCAACUACCAGUGGAUGCCUUUCACAGGCAAAAUGCCCUAUCCACGUCCAGGCACUUGCCCAGGAGGGACAUUCACACCCUUGAUGAAAUCAACCAAAGACUAUCCAGAUGAGGUCAUCAACUUCAUGCGCACUCAUCCUAUGAUGUACAAUGGCAUGUACCCCAUACACCGCCAGCCACUAGUGGUGAGGACUAACGUCAACUACAAGUUCACAACUAUUGCCGUGGACCAGGUGGAUGCAGCUGAUGGGCGUUAUGAGGUGCUUUUCCUGGGCACAGAUCGUGGUACUGUCCAAAAGGUUAUAGUCUUGCCAAAAGAUGACAUGGAAACAGAAGAACUGAUGUUAGAAGAGGUGGAGGUGUUCAAGGUUCCAGCCCCCAUCAAAACAAUGACCAUAUCUUCCAAAAGGCAACAGCUCUAUGUAUCCUCAGCCAUUGGGCUAACACACCUAGCCCUUCACCGCUGUGAUGUGUAUGGAGAAGCCUGUGCAGACUGCUGCCUGGCCAGGGACCCCUACUGUGCCUGGGACGGGAAGUCCUGUUCUCGCUACUCUGCUUCCUCCAAGAGGCGGAGCAGACGUCAAGAUGUACGGCAUGGCAACCCGAUCCGUCAGUGUAGGGGAUACAAUUCCAAUGCCAGCAAGAACACAGUAGAGGCUGUCCAGUAUGGAGUGGAGGGCAGCACAGCCUUUCUGGAGUGCCAGCCUCGCUCCCCUCAGGCCGCCAUCAAAUGGUUGCUCCAGAAGGACAAUAGUGACAGAAGGAAAGAGCUGCGCACUGAAGGAAGGGUGCUGAGGACAGAGCAGGGGCUGCUGCUGCGGUCCUUGCAGCUCUCAGAUGGAGGCCUCUAUUCCUGCACAGCCACGGAGAACAACUUCAAGCACACAGUGGCCAAAGUGCAGCUACAUGUACUGAGCAGUGAAACCGUCCACGCCGUGCUCUUCCAGUCAGAGGCUCCCGCCCCUUCAGCAGCAGCCAUACGAGCUGGCCUGCCAGGCACUUUCAGCUCCCACUACCAUGAUCUGGUGCAGCUGCUCACUCAGCCUGAGAUGGGACUCAUCAACCAAUACUGCCAGGGAUAUUGGCGGCAUGCGGCUUCCAACCACAAGGAGACUAUGGCUGGUCUCAAAGCCAAGGAGCUGCAUGAUCAGAAAAAGCCUCGAAAUCGCCGGAACCACCAACCAGAAAUGGAUCAGCACACAUGAAACUAAAAACUGAAAGAGACUGUUAAUGACAGUGCUAUAUUUCCCCUCAUUUUAAUAUUAAAAUAUCUAUAAAUAUAUAUAUAUUAAAUAUAUAUAUAUACACACACACACUCCCUGCUUCCCCUCAAAAUAAUAUUUAUUUAUAGAUUGUACAUAAUCCAUGGGUGACACAGUCUCACCUCUGAGCAACAGCAAGGAGUUUGGAGGCAUCCCGCUGGCAUCUUGUUCUUCCUCCCUCCUUUUAUCUGCAGUACUGUAAAAAAGGUGACAUUAUGGAGGGGUGGAGAAUGAGGGCAAGAGUAGUCUCUCCUCAGUGUGUCACCUCAAAGCAUGCAGCUAGCCCCUGGCAUGGAAGGAAAGGUGUAGGGAUGUCUGAUGGCAGAAGCUAAAAGAAAGGUUUGUGUGCCAUUUGCUCUGCUUCUGCAGUGGGACCUCAGUAGAAUGCAACAGUCUGGUGUGGAAUCUGUGGAUCCAGAAUGGUGGAGCAGAAGCUUUCAAGCCUGGAUCAUCAUGAACAAGUUUGAGAAUGUUGUGCUACUAUUAUUGAAAACAUCAUACUUGGUUAAAAAGAAACAGAAAAGGCUAUUGUCAGACAUCAAGCAUACCCACCCACCCAACCCAGCCAGCACUCCCUGAGGUGCUACCCCUACAAAAAGACUUUAACACUUUCUUUCCCCUCUAUUCUUUUCUCUGCCUCAAAGCAUAUUCUGGCAGGAUACUCUUGUGUAACGAACAAUGGAGGUUGCAUCUCUUAAGACACUUGAACCAUUUAAUAGAGGAGGAAGUGCUUCACUAAGGAGAUGCAUGCAUGGCUUCAUGCGGUACUCCUACUGCUCCCAGAAUCAAGUUAAUCACACCAAUAGGAACAGUUCUGUGAUUUGAUAAUGAUUCAGCUUGUGCUGUUUGGCUGAUGAUCUGCAACAGGUAUAGCCUGUGAAAGUUGUGAUAUAAAGCUAGUAGAUUAUCUGUGGCAACAGAGUCAAUCACAAGAGCUGGUGGGAAGGUAGAUAUGGCUGUUAUCAGAGGUGCCUGGCUUUGCUGGGUUAGUUACCUGAUCAAUGUGAGGGCCUCAUUCAAGUGAAUUAUGCCAGGGAGAUGUAAUGUAUAUAUGAACCAAAGCUACUCUCCUGUAGUGCAUGUGUCAGAGCCUUCCAAUGCCAAAGACAGCAUGGGAGUGGAGGUGGCAAAGAGGAUUAAGCAUCAGUUGGAUAGCCAUCAGAACAUUUGCCUUCUGCUCUGCUGGCCAGUGGAACAAUCAGUGCCCAACCUGGUUAUUUAUUGUUAUUUAAAUAAUAUUAAUUUGCCCACUAGGAAUUAAAAUCCUCAGUUUGAUAGAACCAGCCUAUCCAGCCAUGCAACGCAACCCUAGGAGAAGUUGAAAAGUCUGGUCUGAAUAUUCCCAUAACGAUUCCUGUGAAAUUACCAUCAGUCCACACGAGCAACUCUGAUGCAAGACAGAUUAGGUAGAGCAUGCUAAGAGCAUUCCUUUACAAAGAGAGAGGAAUGUAAGACUAAGUGACUUGCUUGCAUUUCUGCUAAAUUUCAAGAUGGAUUUCACAGACCAUGAGUGACAGGCUAGAAAGCUUGCAGUAUCCCCUAUGGGACAGAUAUUAUUACCUAUCUACCCCCUGCCAGUUCUCUCUGAGAUAAAGGAUGGGGAGUGUAAGACAGCAAUCGUAACAACACUGCACAAAGAUGAAGUCAAGAAUGCAGUCGUAUUAUUACUAAGGUAGGGUUCAGGAUUUAUGAAUCUAAUUGUGCACAUGAGAAUAUGACCAAUAAUUGUUCUUCUAGGGAUUAAUCUCAUGAAAAAUGCAAAGGGAGGGGUUGCAACUUAUACUGGUUUGUAGGAGCAGAGCCAAGGUAUAAAGGUACAGCUGUGAAGCAUGGGAGAGAAAUGGUUGGGGAGGGGACGGCUGGGGCAGGGGAGAUGUUCUGAUUCUGUGUGUAGACAUACUGUGGGAACCUUGAGGAAUUAAUGAAUAUUAUUUGGUAUAAAGUGCAGAGAAGGCUAUUAUGACAAAACAUAUAAUCAGGGCUUAAUCUGAGCCAGGCUUGCUCAUCCCCUGAACUGACUUUGAAUGCCAGGAAUAUGGCUGGGGGAAAACAGAGUGUCUCUGAAUAUGGGCAGAGUACAUGUUCCUUACCAUUGAGUAACCACACCCAGGACUGAGGAGGAGGAUUCUUGGGCUGAAGGAAUGACUGAGACAGGCUCGAGUCCACCAAGGCACCUCUCAUUUUAGAAAUGUAAGCACCGGGUAUAACAAACUCUCUUGAAUUUGGUCUUUCUUCCCCUCUGCCCUCUUGGUUUCUUCCAAAGCAUUGUUUCCUAAAUGUCUGAGUGUGCAUUCCACUUUUGGUUUUGCUGUGGCAGAGGGUUUGGUUCUCUUGUUUCUUGGACACCUCCUUCAGGCUGGUUUCAUUGGUGUAGGUAUGGCUUUUAUGUUCCACAUCUCCAAAGAAGAAUUAGGAUCAAAUUUUGAGUUUGUAUUUUCAUUUCAUUAAUCCAUAUGGCUAAUGCCUGUGGACUUACACUGUUUUACAUCUGCUGGAUAUUAGCACUUUGAUUUCUCAUUGCAGUGACCUAUGCACUGAUGCAAGGAAAAUGGCUGCUGUGCCAUAGAUUGGGGUCCCUUUUACAUUGUGCUAGUUUCCAGAAGCUACAAUUAUUGCCGUAAUGGAAGGUAUCCUGUAUAGGCAAAGAACAUGUCAAAGGCUAUUGCAUUCCUCUAAAUGUGUAGCCUAGGUAAGCUAUUUCUUGGACUUUCCACUUCUGUCUGCAGAGUAAAGGACAGUAUCAACAGAGUAGAACUGAAGCCUUCAGAAGCCUGCAUUGUGUAGCCUGUACUGUGUGCUCUUUGGUCUCUGGGGCUGUAUCAUCUGCUGUUAACAAAGAGAACUUACUAUUCAUGUUUGGAAGCCCUGGCCCAAUUCAUUCAUCCACCCCUCUCAUCUUGCCAGCAGGCCCCCCUUCCCUGCCAGUCUGAGUGGUGUGCGUGUACUUUCUCUUGUAAAUAGUUGUAAAUCAAAAAUGUAACAAAAACCAGGGAUCUGAAGAAUUUGAUUAGUAGCUCCUUGUGAUGAAUUCAAAUGCAGAGCCAUUUCGCACCUGUAAUGUGAAAUUCCUGUGGCUAGAACAAGCUAAUAAACA